GCCAAUAUGUGCAUUAUUGCCAAGUCUUAGCAGCAGCGUUUAACACGUAUCAUAUCUACCUAUCUACUUACCUACCUAUCCAAGUACCUUGCAACAGAAACCCCUCGACUCAAAGAGCUGCCAUACCAAAGUACUUUUAAGAAGCUCAACCCAGCUACAAAGGCUGGACGCAUACAAACAUAAAUUCACUUUUUCUACUAUUCAAAUAACUUGAAGAGCGACAGAAAUGAGAUUCGACAUUCUUCUUGCAGGUGCCGUAGCAGUUGCUGCGGCGCCUUUAUCUCGGACGACAGAUGUGCGGCUUAUGACUUACAACAUUCGUCUGGCCCCAAACCACCCCGAACGAGGAGAGGAACUCUGGCCUGUUCGUCGACCACGCUUAGUCUCCCAACUAAACUUCGAAACUUCGGGAAGACCAGAAUCUCUUGUUUGUAUGCAAGAAGCGACAUACCCACAAAUUCAAGACCUCCAAGAAGACCUUGGUGACGAGUGGGAUUACUAUGGUGUAGGACGCAAGGGCGGUAACAGGGGAGAAUUCUCACCCAUCUUCUACCGUCCUUCUGUCUGGAACAUGGAGGAUUCCAAGACCUACUGGCUCAGCUCGACACCCCAUAAAGUCGGUUCUCGAGGAUGGGACGCCGCGUUUCCCAGGAUUGUCACGGUCGCGCGGUUCCAACAUAUCAGCACUGGAAACCGUUUGGUGUAUAUGUGCACACACUUCGAUCACAAGGGAAAGACAGCUCGCGAAAACUCGGCAAAGCUUAUCUCUGCUACGGCUGAAGAAUGGUCUUCGUAUGGAUUUGAUAACGUCCCUGUUUUUAUCGGCGGCGACCUUAACUCGUCCCCCGACGAGCCGGCCUACAAGCAUCUGGCCAGUGCGAUGAACGACGUAAAGAGCAUCAUUCCACUCGCGAAGCGCUUUGGUCAUUCAUCCUACACAUACACGGGAUUCACUGUCAGUCCAUCAGACGACAUGGAUUUGGAUCAUAUUUUCGUCAAGGAUACAAGUGGACUGCAAUUCAAGUCUUUUGCUGUUCUCAACAACUUAUAUGAAGAUGGCGUUUUUAUCUCGGACCAUCGGCCGGUUGUUGUGGACUUGCGGCUGAACCACGUCAGUCGCAAAAAUCGAAGGGAAGAGGAUGCAUCUAAGAAGUAAGAGAAGGACAUUAUUAUUUACGAAAGGGCGUUGGCGUGCAUUGAAUGUUAUGAUACCCACAUGAAACGAUUUAGAUUCCAAUAAAAAGUAUUAUAAAUUA